CGCAGAUAUUUUUCAAUAGCAACACUGAGCUCAAAGCGUAUCUACGAAAGUAGAUAUAACUUUGAUAAAUUAAAGAACACAUUUUAAUAUUGGCGAAACAUUUUUAAGAUGUCUUCACGAGGACGAGGUUACGGAGGUUACAGUAACAGAGGUAGUUACAAUGGGCGCGGCAGCAGCUACAGAGGGUCUUACCGUGGAAGUAGCCACCGCGGCUCUUACGAGAGUCGUGGUGGACGUGGAGGUGGUUACUCUUCGUACAACAACGAUUCACGGUAUAAUAGCAGUGGCAACCGUUAUACCGGUAACCGAGACAGAAUGGAAGAUUCGUAUUCCAAGAAAAAUUAUAGAUCCGAAAGUUCUGCCAGUUAUUCAAACCGUGACUAUGGAGGUCGAUCAGGAUCACCUGAUCGCAAAAGAAUGAGAAUUGAGGGGUCCUCGAGCGAUAGACGUAGCCAUGAUGGCGGCGGACAUUACGGCGGAUCCUACGGCGGUAGGCAAGAUAGUUACAACAGUGAAAGGCGGUCAUUCGGUGGGGAAGACAGAAGACGUUCACCGAACCGUGAAACAUAUCGCAAGCCUAGUGGCAUGGGUCCGCCGCGAGAACCGCCUCGCUCGUCAGUGCGGCCCCGCGCCACUCGGCGUUCCUUCCGAGGUCGCACCAUGCGCUCGCGCGCCUCCUUCCGCGGCGCCCCGCGCUCUCGCGGCACCUUUACCACCAGGAGAUUCAAUGACCGCUCGCUUGGCUAUACCCGCGCGUUCAAAUCUAUCAAAGGGAGAAGCUCUGUGAAAUCUAAAGAAGAAGAUGCUUCUUCAACUGAAGAGGAUUGGGAUGCUGAUGAAAAGGAGGAGAUUGUUGAAGAAAAGAAGGAAUCCAAGAUCAAAUCUCCUAAGGAAGAAGAGGUGGAAGCUUCGGAUGGCGAGGCUGUGGACGCGGGCGACGAAACUGACAAAGAGCCGGACACUGCCUCUGACGCGGCACCGCCACGCGCUCGUCCAUACGUACAUCUCGCUUGUGUUCAUUGCAAGGAGAAAUCCGCUACGUUUGCUGGUUACGCGAAGCACCUGGUGUCGAGCAAGCACCGCGCGGCGAUGAGCGCCGUAGCGCGUCGUCACAAGGCGCAGCUAUUGCGGAUGCGCGUCGCCCAGCGAGGGGCGCAGCGGGAACUCGAGGCAGCGGCCGGCGCGGAGCUAGCGGCGCGGACCACCUUCUGUCUCGUGUGCCGGCUCAAUCACCGCACCACGCGUCACGCGCACAACCUCACUGACACACACCGCGCCAUGAAGCGCUUCCUGAUGCCCUUCUGCCGCGUGUGCCGCGCCACCUUCCGCUCGCCCAUGAUAUACGAGCACCACAUCUGCUCGCUGGACCACCUCAAGAGGAAGGCUAGUCAGUCGAUGCGUCGCGCGAGUCCAAAAGCGGACGGCAGCGGUGAUGAGGGAAUGGAUGUCGAUCUGGACAACUUCAUGACUCUUGAUUCAGUAGGCGAUGUUGAUGAGGUGGAAGAUGAUGACUCUGGGGGUGAAAAGAAGGAAGAAUCUGCACCAAAGAAGCCGAAGGUGGAGAUAAAUAUUGGGAGUGAACACAUUAAGAAGAUGGAGGUGUGGUGGUGCGAGCUGUGCCGCGUUUACUUGCCGCGCGCGGAGUCCGGCGGCGCGGAGGAGGCCGAGGCGCUGCGCCGGCACUGCCGUCUGCGCAUACACCUGGGACGAUACGUGCAGCACCGCGACACCCGCACGCUGCGCAAGCACGCCGAGCGGAUCCACCGCCAGCUGCAUCGCCAGCAAGAAGAUGAAAAGGAAGCGGUAACUGCUGAGGAAAGUGCAGACAAAGCCAAAGUAGAUAAAACUGAAACUGCUGAGGAAACCAAAAAAAAUGAAAAUGCUUCUGAAGCUGUCAAUGUUUCUGGAAGUGAAGAUAAACUAUGGGCAGAUGUAGACAAAGACAUUGGUGAGCUUUUGCGUGAAGUGGACCCCCAAGACAACGAGGGUAGCGAUGACGAUGAUGAUCUUGAUAGAUAUGAAAAGUUUCGGAAGAGUGACAAGAAAACAAAGGACGAGGGGACAGAAGAAGCCGAACCUGUGGUGACUGAGAAUUCCAAUGAAAAAAACAAUAUUGAAGUCAAAGCUUCUGCUUAAUUUACUUCUUUACAUUAUAUAAGAAUUAGGAGUCGGUAGUAUGCUGAUAUGCUGUGUAUAUUUUAGAAAGCACCAGUCAUACUAUUUAAGUUUUAAGCGGUAAUAUUUACAGAAUACUUUUAAACUCUUUAUUU